AUGUUCAAGCGAUCCUUCAACACCAGGGACGGUCGCAUCGUCAAAUCGAAGACCACAAAGACUACAUAUGCCGAACAUGUGAAGAGGAAGAUGCAGGACACAGUGGACGCCGAUGCGUCCGUGGCGAGCACGCUGACCAGUCCCAUCGCUACACUUGUGGUGGGUCGUGAACAACGACUGUUCGCUGCGCACGAAGACGUCCUCUGUCAUUCUGCCUACUUCGCCGCCGCCUUGAAAGGCAAGUUCCUGGAAAGCGGCUCGAAGCGGAUGGAAUUGCCCGACGAAGAACCCGAAAUCCUGUCGUGCGUCCUCGAGUUUCUCUACAAGGGUGACUAUUAUCCUCGCUUGUUGCACAACAAGCGCCGAGACACUUGGGAUCUUGAGGACGCCCAGGAUCUGAAAAUGGGUGGUCGCGGAAACAGCGCUUCGACAAUCUAUCUCUCCGGCGCUGGCGGCCAUGUCCUUCGGGACACUGCCGUGUACUGCGCUGCCGACAAGUACGGCCUGGACGAAUUGAAGCGAUUGUCUCUCCGGAAGCAAGGACUUCAGUCCGGCAUCCAGGUCGACGUGAUCUUGCGAUCUGCUCGGUACGCGUAUCAGCACACGCCGGACACCGAAUCGCGACUCCGCGCUCAUUACCUAGCUGUGAUCAUUCGAAGUCGCAAGACUUUCAAGAGAAGUGGAACCAUGCAGAUGGAAAUGGAGAAUGGGGGCAAAUUGUUUUUCGACCUGUUUGUGGCCAUGUGCAACCACAUGGAUGACAUUGUCGAGAUCAGGUAA